AUGGUACAGUGGGAAUCACAACGUGAUGGUCCCUCACUACUUCAAGCGUGGAGCGCCUACAUCCAUAACCUUGAGGAUGUAGGUCGUGACGCUUGGAACGACAAACUUAUCAAAGGUCGUGAUAAGUUUGAGAAGCGAACCCCGACAGGUGCACGCUACAAGCUGCAUCGUCUGUCUAGGGAGAAAGGGUUUCCCUGCCUCUCCUGGGGAGACUCGUGCCCAUGUUGUGUGAACAACUCUGCACGAGCACCUAAGGAGGCUUACCUCCUUACUAGCCCGUGGUGGCGCGUACGGAUCUCUACUGAGAUGUACGAAGGGAUUGACAACCUGAAAUCCCUUUACGACCGUGCCGGGAAGACUUCUCCGGCGGUCCUUCUGCGGCACAGGAUGUGCCGCGUCGUACUUCUCAACCAGACCCAGUACGUCGAUCAUCAGUUGGGAGCGGGGCUUCCAAGAAUCCCAGGACGGGGGAAAGCCGCGCCACCGGACGAGAUAACUUGUCCGACGUCCGUUCACGUCGCGGUGGUUCAACAGCUGCUCAACUAG